AACUUCAUGUUUGGUUGCAUCUGAUGCGCGGUGUUUUUAAUUGUAUUUUUACAAAGUGGUUGUAAACUAGCUGUACAAAUUUAUCAAUUAAAUCGAUUCUAGAGCAAGGUACUUUUUGGCAAUAUGGGUGAUAGAAACCAUGACGCCGGUAUUAUGGACAAAUCCAUGCGGUCGGUGUUUGUCGGUAACAUUCCGUACGAUGCUACCGAGGAUGCAUUGAAAGAAAUUUUCUGCGAGGUUGGAUUGGUGCUGUCGAUGAAAUUAGUGUACGAUCGGGAGUCCGGUAAACCGAAGGGCUAUGGAUUCUGUGAGUACAAGGACAAGGAGACGGCCCUCAGUGCAAUGCGAAACUUGAACGGAUACGUAUUCGGUGGCCGCCCGCUUCGAGUGGACAACGCUUGCACGGAAAAAUCGCGCAUGGAAAUGGCUGCACUCUUGCACGUGACGCGUGCGGAAAGUCCGUACGGUGAGCAUUGCCCUCCACAUCAUGCGCCGGAAAUCAUAACGAAACAUGUCGCCAGUCUACCGCCCGAACGUCUUCACGAGAUGAUGGUGCAGAUGAAGCAACUGGUGCAAUCUAACCCAUUCGAGGCACGCCACAUGCUGAUGCAAAAUCCUCAACUAGCGUACGCAUUGCUGCAAGUGCAGGUAUUAACGAAGGCAAUCGAUCCAGCGGCUGCAUAUUCGUUCCUUCACAAAACACCCUCAAAUCCCAAUUUUGGCGAAUCGUUCCCGCCAGCGCAGCAACCUGCAGGAAUGGCUGGAAAUGCGGGACAAUUUAUGCCCUUGCACGGUGCUAAUGGGAACGUCGACAAUUUUCGCCCGAAUGUUGAUCCACGACUUGGCCGACAGGCAGCAGCACCGGGCAAUAACGAUUUUGAUCUACGAAAUCGUUUCGCUGGCGGUCAACCCGCCCAACGGCCUCCUCAGCUGCCACAGAACGCACCAUCAUUUCCAACCGAUCCCCGUCAACGUCCAGUUGACCCCCGUAUGGGCAAAGAUCCACGCUUGAUGAACAACGCCGGUGGCCACUUCGGAGCUAAUGCAAACCAAGCACAGCCGUCCGGUGGUAGGCCCCAAAUACCGCAACCUAGUGCGGCAUCACUGUCUGCUGCGUCGUCGGGACUGAAUCUGGAUCCAUUGUCUAGUGAUGCUACAGAUCAGGAGAAGGCUGCACUCAUCAUGCAAGUUUUACAACUAUCAGAUGAACAGAUCAAUCUAUUGCCACCGGAGCAGCGUAACAGUAUCCUUGUCUUGAAGGAGCAGAUUGUCCGGAGCUCGCAAAUCCGAUGAAUGAAUAACAUGUGUGUUGAAGAGUAAAGAUUCGAUGUCAUGAUUAAUUGUCAAAACUAUACAAUUUAAUAAAUAGUUUUAAAAUAAACAAA